UAUCUUCACAUUUGUUCUCUUUUUCUGUAAAACAAAUUAAUGCAAACUUGAGUUUGUCUUCUAUAUUUUCUGUGUGACCGUUAUUACUUUUUAGUUGUGACCGUUUUGACUUUACCUUUCGAGGCCGUUUUGACUACAACUCCUUGUAGACUCGCCGAUCGUUACGAUAGAAUUGUUUUUAUAAAAUCCUUGAACUUAUCAGCAGACAUAAUUCAUUACAGCCUUGGAGUCUUGCAUCUAAAAAUAUACCCAAGACACAUUUAAAUGUGUUCAAACAUACUGUAUAAUCUCGCAUGUCUAGGUGUGCUUUGAAUUGCAUCUGAAAUAUAUAUAAUAUACGGGUAAAUAUACGUGAACCAUUAUGCAACGAGUUGACAAUUGAUUUAGGUAUGCCCGUUUGCGCUAAGACGGAACCCGGUCGCAAAAAUGGCCACGAGAGGGGCACGAGUCGCUAUUCGGCUUGUCCCGGAAUAACACGAGUUGGUCACGAAUGCGAAACACACUGUUCGGCCAUUCGGCACCGCUCGCCCAUUUCCGUAACCCGGAAGCAAGGAGCAGGCAGCAAGCACCAAUCACAAGCGAUUUUACGAAUGGAAAAGGUGUUUGCCUCCAUCACAUGGUCAUUGAAUAUUGUGGCAGGCAUCACCACACACACGCGUGCUCGCUCGGUCUUGUCGCAUCUCCAUCGCAGGUCAGGACUGUUAGGCACAUCAUGCAUCUGCAGAUGGUAUUCAGAAAUGCCUAAAAGGAAUGGGUGCUGUCGCCAGGCUAUGCCAAAUGAACAUUUCUUGUCCGACAAGGGGAGGCAUCGCCAGCUUACAUAUGACAAGAGCUGUGACCACCUGGACCACCUGGACCACCUGGGCCCGGAGAGACUACCAUAUAUCAGUGUUACAAGAUGCUAGCUGUUCUGGAUGAUUCAAG